AAACACUUGGACAUGCUGAAAUUUUCUGCUGCUGUUAAGGCAAUGAUUUAUUGGUGCAGGAGAGAUACCAUGGAAGUUGGAUUGGAGGUUUAAGAACAUUUCACAAGGAAGAAGAGGCAGAUGUGGUCUCAAUGGCAGACUCUACUAUCACAGUGGGGGACAUUGAGGGAGAACUUUUUAAGAUCGAACGGAUCAGAGACAUUCUGAUCAGGAGAGAGUCCGAGCUCAGAUACACGAUGGACGAUAUCCAGCUAUGUAAAGAAAUUACAAGGCUGAAAAAAGAACUUAAAAUGCUUCUAUCCAUCCCAGAUAAUGACAAGUCUAAUGAAGAUAAACAGAAGGAGGAAGAGCUCCUGCAACAGAUUCAUAAAUUAGUGGAGGCUCGAGACUUCCUGGUGGAUGACGUGGAGUUUGAACGUCUCAGGGAACGGGAGGAGGACAAAGAAAUGGCUGAAUAUCUAAAGUCCAAAUUAUCAAUAUGUCCUCAUGCCAAGAAUACCCCUCGCAGUGGGAGAAGGCCACCCAGAGCGCAGCCGAACUCGACACCCUUUGUGACCAAGACAGGCCUCACUUUGCUGAAAGAGUGCUGUGGUUUCACCUGCUCUAUAAUGUAAAAGACAUGCUCUCAGUUGUGGCAGCAGGAACACAAUACAAUUCUGGAGCCUUGGAUGAAGAUGACAUUUAAAUGACACCAGGAGACUCAAAUUACAUGGUGUGAACCGUCACAAGAUAUUUCUGAAAGAUGAAGCCUGCAUACAAAUAGUGGGCUAAGCGUCUACCUUAGUCUUUUCCUCCCUUUCGCUCGCAUUCUACAGUACCUAACCCUCUUCUUGCUUCUUUUAAAAAUCCUGUUUCAUUGUACAUUACAGAGUAAAUUCCAUCAUCUCCCUUGGGUCCAGCUGUCAAAUGCUCAGCCGAUUUGCUGUCAUUCCCUACUCUUAAACUUUUCACUCAUGAAAUAUUGCUAACGCACUGCAGCGCCGGUGACUCUGUCAUACAUAAUUGUUCAAGUUUCAGUUGAGUUUCCAUGUAGACUGCUGUUGCUUUAGCCCAUGUACAAUGUCUAAAUGACUGAUGAGAUUUCCAGGCAAAUGUCUGCUUAUAGUGAUACAAUAAAGUUAAAUGAAUUCUUACUAGCUCAGUUCUUUAAUGAUAUAUGUUCAAAUAAACCAUUUCCAUAAUUGUUACUAUAACAAAUUUUUUAGCAGAAAUGUUCAUGAAACCUGAUUAAAAAAUAUAUAAUAAUUUAAUUGAAUAAUGGCAUCAUGGUUCAUUUCAUUCAGGCUGAACCCUUUGUGGCUGUAUCUAUAAAGUCUAACAAGAGUUAUAUUCACUGUAUUGGAUUACUGUAAAAUAGAGAUUAUUGUUUGAAAUCAUGAAUCUCUGAUUGGUCUACUAUUUAUAUGGUCUGACUGUCUUUUUCACAAUUAGAUCAGAUAUUGGCCAUUAAUUAUGCAUUUUAUUAUGAAAGGAGGAACACAUAAGAUAACAAUAAAUUACACUUCACAAAGUAAAGUAAUGGGCACAUUUUACCAGAAGAGUCCACCUCCUCUUAUUUCUAGAAUAGCAUGUUUAGCUCUGAUAUUUGGCUACCUUCUGGUCAAUUUAGCCCCUCUGCUUUGAAAUGUGCAUGCUAAUGACCCAAGGGUGUCUGACUCCCUAAUUAAUGUCACCAACACAUUUGUCUGUCUUAUAAAUUUAUGCUGUUUGUGAAAUUUUAUUUUAUCAUUUUAAAUCCUUGAGAGGUCUUAUUAUUAUAAUUAUAUUCUAUUCACAGACAGAGACAAGCCCCUCCUGGACCAAUCAGCUCUAUUCACCAUGUUGUACUGACUGCUUCUGUGCUAAUAUCCUAUUA